GCGGCUGCUGCACCGCCUCCUCCUCCAGCACUCUGGCUGCACGACCACCGGCACACCAUCCACCAGCAAAUUACUCGGCUGCAGCUUGAAAAAAAACCUCUCUGCAGUAGCAGCAGCAACAAAAAAGUGCCGGUGCUUUCGUUUCACCGUCCUACACCUCAGGAUUAUUUUGCAGAAAAUUUUACUUACUUUGCCCCCACCUCCCUCCCCUUACCGCCCACCCAUCACCACCAUCCCCAGACCCACCCCUCCCUUCCCCAAGAUGCCGCGAUCAUUCCUAGUUAAGAAACAUUUUUGCACCAGCAAAAAACCAAAUUACGGCGAACUGGACACGCAAACAGUCAUCAUUUCUCCCUACCUGUACGAGAGCUAUCCAAUGCCGGUCAUUCCUCAGCCGGAGAUCCUGAGUUCUGGCGUUUACAAUCCUGGGAGCGUCUGGGGCAGCGUCUGUUCGGCCCUUCUGCCCUCUCCUGUCCCCAGCGACCCUGCACCUGCCUCCGAAUACACGGCCGUUCAGCACUCGCCCCUCAGCAACGGAAGCAUGUGCCCGGCCGCCCGGCUCAGCCCCCGGCACCACUCCAAGUGCGAGCGGCUCGCUGGGGACGCCAAUGGCUCGGAGACGUCGGGCAGCGAUGAGGAGGAGAGAAUCGGCCGCAGAGGCUCCGGCGAGAGCGCGGUGGACGCGGAGAAGUUUCGGUGCAACUUGUGCAGCAAGGCAUACUCAACUUUCUCGGGACUGGCCAAACAUAAGCAGGUACACUGCGACGCCCAGACGCGAAAAUCCUUCAGCUGCAAAUACUGUGAAAAGGAGUAUGUCAGUUUGGGAGCCUUAAAGAUGCACAUCCGGACCCACACACUGCCCUGUGUGUGUAAGAUUUGUGGCAAGGCGUUCUCCAGACCGUGGUUACUGCAAGGGCAUAUCAGGACACACACGGGUGAGAAGCCUUUCUCUUGCCCACACUGCAGUAGAGCAUUUGCUGAUCGAUCCAACCUGAGGGCACAUCUACAAACUCAUUCAGAUGUGAAGAAAUACCAGUGCAAAAACUGUGCCAAAACAUUCUCCAGAAUGUCACUUCUCCACAAACAUGAAGAAUCAGGAUGUUGCAUAGCACACUGAGAAACAUGGAAUUAUAUUGAGGACUAAUUCUGAUUUGUUUUCAAGUUCACUAUCCAAGCAUCCUAACUGCUCUGUUCCAUCAAGAUAUUAUAAAUUUUCAAUUAUUGAAGCAACUUUUAUAACUUGCAUUUAGGAUACAAGUCUUCAAAAGUAAGAGUUGUGAUGAUUCAGAAUAUUAAAACUAUGCACAGCACCAUGGAGUGCAGUAUCGUUUGGAAUACUCCCUUUGUGCCUUCCGUCAAUGCAGCUGCACAUUGUGUGCAUAUAUAAUGUAAAUACUCUAUUUUUGUAUUUGGAUUCAUUAAAUAUGAAAAUGAACUAAAUGCAGAAGUGCAACAAGACAAACUUAAUGGCAAAGAUUUAUUUGUUACAGCCUGCACGCUGAUCUGUUUAGCCAUGUAUUUUCCACCUUUUCUAAAAAAAUAAACAUGUUUUGACUUUA